AUGCAGCGCCACGAUUCCUGUCAGAAAAUAAAGAAAUGUCCUAGCACUGACCUCGUCACACAUGGAAUUGCCUCUUUGCUCGCCGGUACAGGCCUACUAUAUUUUCAGUACCGAUCUGCUUUCUCCAUGGCUGUUCGACAAGCCACAAGUUCUUUGGAGGAUAUACUUUCGAAUCUACACGGUUCAAGUCUCUCAAGGCUCCUGCUUAUACUGGCAGAGAAUGUCUAUCCUGAGAGGGGGCCCCGGUUCUCUCCCGAGGAACAGAAACCGCAUUGGUGGCCUGCUGAAAUUACAUACACCCACCCGUAUAAUAUGACAAAAGAAGAUCGCAUGAGGGUGAUAACUCACAUCCUUAGUCCCUAUGAUUUGGUUGACGACGUGGUUCUCAGAAGUUUCCGGCAAAUGAAGAAAAGGAGAUACUACACGGAUGAGCAAGAAUCAUUGCCACCUUAG